AUGGAUGCUGAAGAGAGAGAACAUUUAAAUCAACCGGACAGAUUACUACCAAAAGAGUCGAGCACAAUCUUUCCAUAUGCAAAAUAUCUGGAAAGGUAUUCCGUUAAGGAAUUAACCGCAGCAACCAAUAAUUUUCUUAUAUACGAAACCGAGGGAAUCAAUCAUAAGCAAAAGUAUAUAUCACAAUCUCAAUCCGGAAAGAUAUUUCUAAUGAACAAAGAACAUCGGUUGAGAUUUCAAGAAGCUCUCGUACAUCUGUUCUUGAGGCAAAGUGAAAAACUCGUGGUGUUGGAUGUCAAAUCAACAUUCUUUCGAUCCGACUUCAUGGAUUUGGAUUUCUUUGGUGAAAUUUUAAAGAAAUUGGUCAAGAUACCUUCCUUUCAACUUGCCAUCACCAAUGAAAUAGAAAAUUUUUGCACGAAAAAGUUUUUUGAAUUCUUGGAAUUCAUGUCAAAUAAUUGUUCACGAUUUAAUGAGUUUAGGAUCAACUUAAAUAAUCCAUUUAAACACAUCAAUCUAUCACCUUUAUUAUUUAAUAUAAUUCAACGGCAAGAUGAUUUAAAUAGGAUCUACUUAAUGACUGACAUGUAUUCCAACGUUUUAUCAUCAUUAAAAUCCUACAAUUCCUUGACGUGUAUCGGAUUAAGCUUCACCAGAAUCAACGACAAAAUAAUCGAAAGUUUAACAAAAUGUGUCAAUCUAUCCAAAUUAACGAUAGAUCAUUGUGAUGGUUUAACUCUGGAUUAUUGUAAGAGAUUGUCGAAUGAAUCCUUUCAAAAGUUGAAAGAGUUGUCUUUAGCGGUAAACAAGUGGAAUCAUCAUUUAACAGCAUCAUUUAUUAGUUCGGUGGGAGGUCCUUCAAUCGAAAGGUUAACGAUUACAAGUAUGACCAACUCAAUAAUGGAACAAGUUUUAAAUCAUUGUUCAAACGUUAAAACGAUUAAAUUGGAUUUAUUUGAAAUUAAUUUAGAACUUUUACAAAAAAUUGAAAGAAUGAAAUUUGAACAUCUCAUCAUUAAUUCAUUACUCUUGAUCGAUCAUUCUCAUAAUGUUGUAAGAAUUUUAUCAGAAUUGGCGGGUUAUUUACCCAGCACGACAAAGCAUCUUACCUUUAAUACUUAUCAAACUAUAUUUAAACAUGAAUUAAAUAAUAUUUUAAACAAGUCGAAUUGUUCUUUUGUAUCCUUGGAUUUUAGAUUUGAAAUUAAUACUGAUCUAUUAAAUAUAAUUCUGAAUUAUGCUACGAAAAAAAGUUGUUUGAAAUAUUUGGGUCUUGCAAGAUAUGUAGAUUAUGCUGUGUAUACAAACUAUUUUAAACCAUUAAAUCAAAAUUUAUUAACUCAAUUCAAAGAUAGUGGUGUCAAAGUUGUCAAUUUUAAUGGAGAUCAAUAUAACUGUUGA